AGUACAAAUCCAUUUUUAGCCCAACUGAGCGGAAAACCGCCCAACCUGGCAACACGGGCCCUCAUUUGGUUUUAAACCCACCCCCUGAAUCUGAUUGGCUGUUCGGUCUAAACAUCGUCAUGUGACAACAAGCAGCACGACGAACAGAAGCAGGAAGUCUACAUAAGCGGUCCAGAAUGACAGCGGCCCUCCUGUGUUUCCUCCUGGCUGGUCCAGUGCUGCUGGUUGCUGGCAGCCCAUUUCAUGACUCCAACAAUGGAACCAUACCAGUGGUGCUGUGGCAUGGGAUGGGCGACAGCUGUUGUAACCCUCUCAGCAUGGGAGCGAUAAAGAGGAUGAUCGAGGAGGAGAUCCCUGGCAUUUACGUGCUCUCACUGAUGAUUGGGAAAAACGUCAUAGAGGACACAGAAAAUGGGUUUUUCAUGGAUGUGAACGAGCAGGUGUCCGUGGUGUGCAGUCAGCUGGCUCAGGACCCCAAGCUGAAGGGAGGAUACAAUGCGAUGGGCUUCUCCCAGGGGGCGCAAUUUCUGAGGGCUGUGGCUCAGCGCUGUCCCUCUCCACCAAUGAAAACCCUGAUCUCCGUCGGUGGACAGCACCAAGGAGUGUACGGGCUGCCCAGGUGUCCCGGAGAGAGCUCUCACAUCUGUGACAUGAUACGCAAAGCUCUGAACAGCGGCGCUUACACUGACCUGGUUCAAAAACACCUGGUGCAGGCGCAGUACUGGCACGACCCGUUAAACGACGACCUGUACAAGAAGCACAGCCUGUUCUUGGCCGACAUCAAUCAGGAAAGGGGUGUAAAUGAGACUUAUAGGAAGAAUCUUCAGCUGCUGAACAAGUUCGUGAUGGUCAGGUUCCUGCAGGACACUGUGGUGGAUCCCGUGGAUACCGAGUGGUUCGGCUUCCUGAAAACCGGCCAGGCCAAAGAGACAGAGACUCUGCAGGAGAGCGUUCUCUACAAAGAGGAUCGUCUGGGCCUGGCAGCAAUGGACAAGGCUAAAAAACUGGUUUUUCUAGCCAGUGACGGAGACCACCUCCAGUUCACCAGAGAAUGGUUCAACACAAACCUGCUCCCUUAUUUACGCUAAAAAAAAAACAAAAAAAAACAAACAGUAAAUGCUGUUGGAAUCCACUCGGAGUAAAACGUAGCAUCAGACUGCAGUAACUGAAAUGGAAUUAAUUGUUUCUAGAGCCAUAUACUACAAGUUAAGAGUAAACCGAAGCUUAGUAACGGGAGCAGAGAACGUAAUUCAUUCCUUUCGCACUGAUCACUUGUAGCGCGUUGAUGCGGUUUUCUGAUGCCGUUAGACAUUUUAACAGCUAAUUUGUCAGUCCACUGCUGUACAACUAACACUAGACUCUCACGUCAUUUCCAGUCUGAGCUCUCCUGAUGAGGUCAAAUUGUUUUCAAAAAUGUUGUGGAUUUAAAAGAAUGAAAUAAAAUCUUGUUUUAACAUCCUAAUGUGCACCAUUUAACUGAAAUGAUGCAUCUGUACAUAUCACGUUUAAUCCAAUAAAGAGACCAAAAUACA